CGAUUUCCAUUUCAUUCCUUCGAACAAACCUAAUCGCUCAUUUCGAACAUUUUGAUCUCGAAAUUGUUAACGAACGAUGGAGGAAGAUAAGCAAAUGCACGAGGAGAAGGAGAAAUCAUCUCUGGUUAAAGAAGAAGCGGUUCGUGAAGAAGAUCCCGAGGUUGAGAAAUCUGCAGCGGUAGAUGCGGAUGCGACGCCGAAGAGCUCUGGUGGUUGGGGAUGGGGUUUCUCUGUGCUUUCGGAUCUUCAAAAAGCUGCGGAAGAUAUAUCUCGUAAUGCAGCAGCAGUGGCGGAGAAAGCAGCUAAAAGCAUUGCGGAAAUGGGAGAAGCAGAUGAAGACUCUGAGUCUUCUGCUAAGGAAGAAGAGAAAACUGAAGAACCGGAUACAGAGCAGGAUAGUGAUGAUGAGAAUGCAAAGUUAAAGAGGUCAGCUCUCGAGAGAUUGGAGGGUGCAAGUGAAGAGUCACUUCUUAGCCAGGGUUUGAAGGUUUUCGAUGAUUCAGUUGAGAGCUUUGCUUCUGGAGCUUGGCAGGCAUUCGGGAACGCGUUAAAAGGGGGCACAAGUUUGGUGCAAAAGCUUGAAAACAGUGUCCAGCAAGGUUCUUCCCCUAGGGAAGCUGGAUCUGGUGCACCGUCUCUACUGGAGACGGGAAAGGCUUUAACUGCCAAAGGAAUGCAAGUACUUGAAUUUGUGGGCAAAGAGACCAUGGAUUUACUGAUUACAGAGACUGGGCUUGGUGAGAAGAACGGGGUAGAAUUUAAGGAUCAAGUACUUGAGGAAGUGACAUUUGAUCGAUGCUUUUACAUUUAUGGUGGCCCUGAGCAGCUUGAGGAAUUGGAAGCAUUGGCAAGCCACUAUACUCUGUUGUUCAAUAGGAGAAAGGGGAAAUUGUCACCAGAUCAGAAAUCGCUGUAUGAUGGAAAGCUCAAACAAAUCCAACAACUGUUCAGCUUCGCUGAUGAAACGAGUAAAAGUAAAGCAGAGUCUGACAAAGGGAAGAAUAUAGAUAUCAAAACUGAAGGCAAUGAUGACGACAUGAAGAAUCUGCAUAACUCGAGUGUCAGCAAAGCUGCUGAUAUGGCUGCUGGGUUCACAAAUGCUUUAACGGGACUAAACGUAAAUGAUAUGAUCCAGCGAACCGGUGGCAGGCUUGAAUCUCUUCACUCUGAAGGAGUUCAUAGACUUUCCGAGAUGUGCUGUUUUGCAGUCACUCAUCUGCUUAUUCUUGGAAAGUCCAUGAUAUCUCAUGCCAACAAAGUUCAGGAUGAAGACUCCGAGGCGUUGAAAAUCGAUUGGCCAGAGGAUCCUACUGAAAAAGCUAAUCUGAUUAAAGGCAAGGCAGAAUCAAUGGCUGGCUAUGUCGAAGCAGUUUCCAAUAGUUUUAUAACAGGUAUCUCAGAUGUAUCCGAAACAUACUCAGCUGCGAUUAAAGGAGUUACCGCUGCUGCUGAUUCCAAAGAUGAACUUCUGAAUACAUCAACCAUGCAGGAAAAAGCAAGCACCUUCAACGAUAGUCUUCGUUCUGACCAAACCACAGCUAUCACAAAGAUCCAGGAAGGACUUCAGUACUUAUCCUAUGUUGUGAUAUCUACCUCAAUGCCCUCCGCCUAAUAUAAUAAGAGUUAGAUUGGUCUUUAUAUGUUGGUUUUUCUUUCUAUAACAUGACUUGGAUUCGAAUUAGUUUUCUUUGUAGAUAUUAUCAUCUCUUUCCCUAGGCUGCUCUUUAUGGUAAGUCUCUCCCGACUUGUCCUCUGCUUCUUUGUUUGUCUGGAUCUUGAAUGUUUGAAUGAAAUCUAGAAACCAAAGAUUAAAGCAGGGAAGAGAUUUAGUAGUUUUAUUUUUGUUUAAAACAUGCUGUUGCUUCCAGAGUAUUUACUUGGAAAUUGCUUUA